UUUCAUUUUUGUUGACUGGGAAAAAUUGUCAACAAGUUGAAUCUACAACGACUCUGUAUAAGCCCUGUCCACCGCUGAUGUUGCUAACAGUGGUAAUAGUUUGAAUCGUGAUCAUUAAAGGGGAGUUCAUUGAUCGAAGAUCGGAAGAAUUCGGAUAUGGAUGGUACCGGAAACGCCGACGUGGUGGUUCGAGGAGAUGGUGGUGCUGUGGUGGAGAAGCCGGCUGGGGAUGGAGUCAAAGCUGUCGAGAUGAUGAGCACGGGGAAACGGAGGCGGGGAAGGCCGCCGAGGAAUCAGGCGAGAAUCAUGUCAUCAUCGGCACCGCCGCCUAACACGGACGAUGAAGAAGACGUUUGCUUUAUAUGCUUCGACGGAGGAAAUCUGGUGCUUUGUGAUCGCAGGGGCUGUCCUAAGGCAUACCAUCCGGCCUGUAUCAAAAGGGAUGAGGAAUUCUUUAAAUCGACGGCGAAAUGGAAUUGUGGGUGGCAUAUAUGUAGCUCUUGUCAGAAAGCUUCAUAUUAUAUGUGCUAUACUUGUACGUACUCCGUGUGCAAGAAUUGCACUAAAGAUGCUGAUUAUGUGAAUGUAAGAGGAACUAAAGGGUUUUGUGGAACUUGCAUGAGAACUAUAAUGCUGAUUGAAAACAGCGGAUUGGAAAAUAAGGAAACGGUUCAAGUGGAUUUUGAUGACAAAACUAGCUGGGAGUAUCUCUUCAAGGUUUAUUGGAUUUUGUUGAAAGAGAAAUUAUCUUUAAGGUUUGAUGAGCUUACCCAAGCUAAAAAUCCCUGGGAAGAAAAUGCUAUCAUGGCUCCUAAUGGAGAGUCGUCAGUUGAACUUAAUAACCGUAGUGGUGCCAAACGUGGUAAUGCGGAAAAAUCUUUUAGAGACCUAGGAGCAAGUUCUUCGAAGAGAAGAAAAUCGACAAGGCAAGAGAACUUUUUCAAAAAAGUUGAAUCUCUAGAAGCAGAAGGAACGGGUGUUAUGAAUGGGAUGCCUAUUCCUGAAGGCUUAAAUUGGGCAACAAAGGAGCUUCUUGAAUUUGUGGCACACAUGAGAAACGGUGACACAUCUGAGAUCUCUCGUUUUGAUGUUCAGGCACUUUUGCUCGAGUACAUAACAAGAAGCAAUCUUCGCGAUCCUUGCAAUAAAUCUUACAUCGUCUGUGAUACAAUGCUUAUAAAAUUGUUUGGAAAAGCAAGGGUGGGCCACUUUGAAAUGUUUAAGCUUCUUGAUUCACAUUUUCUCACCAAAGAUCAUUCGAGGCUCGUUGAUACCAUAACAGGAGGAGGCUCCAAAGGUUAUGCUACUCAAUUGGCUGUUGAGAGGAACAGUGAUGUCCAACCCACAAUUGCCGAUGAUAAGAGUUGUAAAAUUAGUAAAAGGGUUGAUGGUCAACCCAUCACGGUUGAUAGGAACAGUGAUGCUCCAGUGAAGGGAGAUGAUGUCUUGAGUGAUAUUGGAAACAGAGAAGCUAGCAUACCACCUCAUUCUACAGUACCAGAGCUAUCUGUAAAUAAUAUUGAAACAGAUAAAAUAUGGCACUAUCAAGACCCCCUGGGCAAAAUUCAAGGGCCAUUUUCUAUGUCAAUAUUACAUAAAUGGAGCACGAGUGGUCUUUUCCCUCCUGAUCUGAGAAUAUGGAGAACAAAUGAGAAGCAGGAUGACUCCAUUCUCUUAACCAAUGCUUUUAAUAAGCAGUGCAGCCAAGCAGAACAGUUGUUUCAUAACAGCUGCAUACCAAUUGAGGGCGUAAAGAUUGCAUCUGGUGAUGGAUCUCAUAAUAGAGAUGGUGAUGUUAGGGGGAGUAGGGAUCUCAAUGCAAAUCAGAUGGAAAACAAACAGGUUGAGGAGAGUUCGAAAUCAAUGCAGAAUGAUUCAAGUGAUCAUUAUUGUGGUAGCAAUGAAUAUGUGAAGAGCAGAGAAUCAGGCUCUCAAUCUUCUCCUUGUAAUGCCUCAGUAGAUAUUGUCAAUUCAAAUGCAGAACAGAUGGGAAGUCAUUUACGACAUUGGGACCCUGUGAAGAGUGAUAAUUGCUUCCUUGGCCAGCCCCAAGUGAGUAGCUCCAUCCCCUCAUCUAUGGUAUCUGAGAAACCAUGUGAAACCAAGUCUCAUCCAGUUAGCAGCCGUCAUGGGGUGGAAAGAUGGGAAUGUGGUUCAAUUGACAUGAAUGAGGAUUUGAACAAAACCUAUGAAGGUCAAAUUAUUUCUGAAAAUGUGAAGCAAGAAGAUAACAACGGAAAAUCAGGUAAAUUGUGUGAGCAAAGCCAGAGAUCUUCACCACUAAAUGAUACUUCAAAUGGAUGGGAUUUGAAUUCUGGACUUAUUUCUCUGGCGAGGGAUUUUGAGGAAUCAGAGCACAAUCAGGAUAUUGAUUUCUCAAAUAUUCCUACCUCAACAUCAAAGUUGAGCAACCAAGACUCGAAAAUUCAGGCUACUAAAACCAAACAGUUUCUUUCUUUGAGUGUUCCUCAUCAGGAUUCAGGUCCUAGUUGGAGUACUGUUCUGAGUCUAGUGAGUAGUGGAGCACAGCUUCCUGAAGUAGCUGGUGAAUGGUGUGGGUAUUCCUCUACUCCAGCGAAACCUUCUGCAGAGGAAUGGAGGCCAGAUCUUGUGCCUGUUUCUUCUUUGAAACCAAUUGACUUGGGAGGAAAUCAUUCUGCCACACCAACUUCAGGAAAUAGCCAAUUGGCACAUACUUCUUCCACAGAUCAUGCAAAUAAUGCAUCUGGUUGGGAGUGUUCUUUGGCUGACGAAUCUGUUUCAGAUCUAUUGGCUGAAGUUGAAGCGAUGGAGUCACUUAAUGGCUUGCCUUCACCUACUUCGAUUUUGCGUUCAGAUGGAGAGUUGGCACAAGUUUCUGAUCAUGAUUGUUUUAGCCCUAUAGGAGGACUGAGCCCUGCACCUGAUCCAGGAAAAACCGAUGCUUUGAGCUCCCGAAAUAACCCUCAAACGUCUUCUCAGUCAACUCUGACCAAUGAGCAGUUUGGGGUAUCUUGGUCUGUAGCUCUUAAUAUUCAUAGGAGUUCUGUCGUGCAUUCUUCUUCGAGUCUUGUAACAGAUGAAGUUACAAGGCCUAGCAAUGCCUCGGUUAACCAGUAUGAAGCUGGUUCAGACAUGCAACCUCCUGCACCCCCGAUAACAACUUGGGGCAUGGCUAUUGUAGAUUCUGCUUGGAGACCAGGGCCAGAAACUACAGGCACCAAUCCGGGAGCAGUUCACGGAAAUGUGAAUUUUAAUAACGUCGGUCGGGGACAGCUCAGGGAGGAGCAUUCCAGGAAAACAGAAGCAUCAAUUUAAGCCCUUCCACAGGGCAUCCGCCCGAUUAGGGAAACCAACAGAGAUAUGUUGGUUCAAGGGACCGAUAUUUCGAGGUAAGAGAUUCGAGUUUUGGUAGGGGCAGGCACUCUUGGAAUAGACAGUCGUCGAAUGGUGGUGUUGGUUCUUUCAGACCACCGGCCAAAGGGCAGCGAGUUUGUAAAUUUUACGAAAGGGGUCACUGCAAGAAGGGGGCAUCAUGUAGUUAUUGGCACCCUUGAUUAGUCUUUACCACGGCGAUUCAUUCUGUAUUCAUUAUUUGUAUCAGCUACUUGGUCUGUUGGUCAUUUCUGCCAAAUUUAACUCUAAGCUUUAACAGUAGUAUCAUUCAAGCUACACGUAAUAAUACCAUAUUA